AUGGGUUCGUGCUUCUCUUCAGAUACCACCGAUGGUUCCUUCUCUCCCUCCACGGCCGAUGUCAUCUCUGUGAAUGGCAAUCUCCGCGAAUACCCCACACCCAUCACAGUAUCGCAGGUCCUCGAAAUCGAAACCUCGCCCUGCUUCCUCUGCAACUCCGAUGGUCUCUCUUACGACGAUUACAUUCCUGCCCUCGAUUCCUCUGAAGAACUACAACCCGGUCAGAUCUACUUUGUCCUUCACACCAGUCGCUUAAAGUAUCGCCUCACUGCUCCCGAUAUGGCCGCCCUGGCCGUCAAGGCCACCACCGCCCUUGCACAAAGUUCCAGGAAGAAGGGCCGACGGAACAAGAAGGGACGGAUAUCUCCUGUUUCGGAAGUGAAAAAAAUGAGGGUUGGGAAUGAUGGGUAUGAGUAUGGGAACGGGGUUAAGAGUACUUCCGGUGAUGAUAUGUCCAAAAUCAGUGUUCUGAGAUCUGGGUCCAUUAAGAAAUUACAGAGAAAUACUUCCAAACAAGCCAAGUUUGCCAUUCGAUCGUUUCGAUUGAGAUUGAGCACCAUUUACGAAGGUUUAGUGGAGGACUGA